AUGGAGUCCUAUGUCGAUGAUGGAGCUAUUUCGGGUAACUCGAAUGACUCUGAUAUGACCGAUAUCACGGUAGAACCAGCUAUGAGCCCCUCUGGGCCUGAAACAUGUAGGCAGGCUUGCGUGGAAAUCGUAGAACGAACGGAAAAGUUGUUCGACUAUUUGUCUGUAUAUACUGACCAACUAUCUGCUCAAGGAGACAGAGAAGCUCUGCAUGAACUGGAAAAAAUGGAGUCUGGAAUCAUGACAGUUAUACAAGAGAUAGCAUACGGCAAAAAGGCGUCGAAGGCUGCUUUGCUUCUUCGGAGAGAUCUUGCAAUUCCGCCAAUGCCGUACACCUGA